GCUCGGGCCAAUGAAGAAAGAGGGAGGGCUCGAGGUGUCUUUGCCCAGGUGGGUCAGAGCAGGAGAGUACCUCUCCUUAUGGUGGGGCAUGCUGAUGAGCCCGGACAUCUUUGUCUGGAUCGAGUCUGGUUUCGAUGACAAGCAAGAGUGUGCAAUUGUAAGGGUGACGCUGUAUGCCUCGCCCUCAUUCUGGAUCGAGCAUGGGAUAGAGUUGGCGCUUGGGCAUGGGAGCCUGCUUGCUAAGCCUUUGAGGGUUGCCGAGGGAGCCGCGACAAAGUGGGCGAGGGAAGUGUCCCGUGAUGGGAAAGAGCGAGUACUAACCCGCGCUGCUGUUAGCAUCAUGGCGGGAAAAAGCGGCUUCUCCAAGAUCUUGCUUUGGAGGAAUUCGUGCCUUUUGAAGGUGUUGCUGCACGAAGUGUUGCAGGCGUCAAUGCCCCCAGAUCUUCGCACCCUGCUGUUCCAAGGAAGGAACCUAUCUAGAUUUCUGCGCGACUUUCAGGAUUUUUGCCUUACGAAGGUGUGGGACAAGAAGGCAAUGUGGUACAUGUUCCCGUUGUUCGUUUGCGAAGAACUAAGCGAGGAGGUGUACACCCUCAUGCUGAAGUCGCAAACCUGGAAUGAGUUGGAAGCUUCUCUGAAGCUGAGGUUCCCAGAGGACGAGGUGGAAUGCAGGCUUGGUAAGGGUCCUGAGCGGCCAGCCGAGGCCGCGUCAACGCAAGGAGAGUUGAGUGGCAUACAAAGGCAAGUUGGGAUGCUGGAAGAGAGGUUGGCGCGGUUGGAAGAAACCAGGCGGGGCGAGAGGAAGACCUUCAAAGGAGCAUCUAACGGACCGGUUGGGCAGGGUGAGGUGGAGGUAAGAGAGGAUCACCAGGAGUUACUCCUCCACAAGAAGACCCCGAGAGGGCAAGUUUGCGCCCUAGAAAGAGAUGAAGAUGAGGGGGUUAUUGAGAUCAAGGGGGAGCGAUAAUAUAGUAGGGCCCUAACCGUU